AUGUUGCAGGGUAUUACCAGCACUGCCGGGGGCUCUUAUCCCUACUCCAAGCACGCGAUUUUCUACGACCUCGGUCAGUUGGAACCAAGCUUUAUGGCGCAGGCCGAGUGGAUUGAGAAGCCAUGGCAGACAUUUGCUAAAACGCUCAUCGAUCGAAUCAUCGACUGUGUAGCACAUAUUCCACGACUUUUUCACCAACUACAUUUGUUUGAGCAUCUGUCACCUGAAGAUCAGAGACUCCUAGGUUUGAGCUUAAUGGCAGAAUUCCAGUCUCUAGACACUACACUUCAAAAUAUCUAUUCUACACUCAAUGAUUCUGUCGAGGGUCCUUUGUACUGGUCCGCUCUCUCUCGGCACUAUGACCCUGCGGGCGACCCUAUGAAGGGACCCCUUUUCCCUGUCGCCUUUCACUUCCCCAAUAUCAAGACGGCCGGGCAUCUGAUGAUGUACUGGGCUACCUGCGCCCUGCUCUGGACCGGCUGGCAUGAAAUUUACGAGAACCUAGAACAACUCAACAAGAAUCCAUCGCCCCAUCUUCCUCCCUGCGAUGUCUUGCCAAUGAUUACGAAUGUCUGCCAAUCCGCCGAAUUCUGUUUGGACGAGACAAAUCAGCUCAUGGGGGCGUCCAUCGCGUCAACACCGCUAGCGAUCUGCAAGGCUAUCCUCUCCAACAGUGCACGCCACCAGCAACACUUUGCCUGGAUCCAGGUGACCCUAGAGCGUCUCCAGACCCGCGAGCAGCGCAUCAUAAAGUAUCUCUGA